AUGUCGGCGCCAGUGCUGUUGAAACCUUCAGAAUACCAAGGUGCGCAGGGCACUGCUGUGGCUGGUCGCAUUGUCAUUUGCAGCACGCAGGAAGUUGAAAGUCGAAGCAAAACAUCAUCUCCGGCUGCUCCGUCGAAGGGCAAGGGCGGCAAAGGAAAGGCCGGCAAAGCAACUCUCACGAGCAGUUCGACCAAGAUUGAGCUGCAUCUCAGCGCCACAGAGAACGCUUCGGAGGUUCUUUACGUGGAAGCUUGGGGGGAGCUUGCUCAGCAAGUCCAAAAGAAAUGCCAGAUCGGUGAUUUGGUCACCAUUUCCGGCGGAACUAUCAUUUCCGCCGCCCAGCAGUAUUCCACGUCCAAGUUGCACUAUCAUCUUCGUCUCAAAGGCGUUUGGGGUGUGCAAGUCAUCAUCGCCAAGGUUGAAACUUUGCCGUGGUCGCUGCCGCCGACGACGCAUCCACUGGUGCCGUUGGUGUCCUUGUCGCGCGUGCGGGAUCGGCAGCAGAUUUGUGUGGCGGCUGUGGUGGUGGAAAAUCCAGGUAGCUCGGAAAGAUUGACUAGCAACGGAACGGCGUCGGUGUGCAAUGCCAUCAUUCAAGAAGGGAUGACGAGAGUGCGAUGUGCUUUCUGGAGAGAUAUGGCUGAGAAGCUGGCGUCCGUUGCUGUCAAUACGUGCAUUUUGUUGUACCAGGUGCUCGUCUCGAAGAAGCCUGGAGAUACUGCAUCAUGGGAACUCGGUAGCUGGCGUGGAACGCAGAUUCUGCCUUGUCCGGAUGAAUUGGCAGAGCACGUGAAACUUGACUUGACGACAGCAAACUUGGGUGACAAAGAUGAUUGCCGCAUGUUGACCAACAUUCCGGUCAAAGACUACAAGAACUGCCCUGCUGUUGCAACAUCUCUGAGUUGUCUGAUUGGUGUGAUCGUGCCUGGAACCUUACGUAAGGUCGACACGGUUUUCGAAGUCAUUGGCUUGCAGGUGAUGGGCAUCACGUCUGUGCGGAGCGAGACGGAUGAGUGGCUGUUGGUGAGUUGUUCUACGUGCAAACGAGCAGCGCCUUGCCAGGCGUGCACCCGACCGCCCAGACCGAGCGACGCCUCGCUGUUCACGAUAGCAGGUUCGAAUGCCCAGUGCAGCGUGGUGGUUUACCACGACGCGCUUUUGUCUACCGCCAAGCAGUUGAGCGUGGCUUUGGGUGAACCUCUGCAGGACACGGCAGCGUUCCGGAUCACCAUUCGUGACAUGUUUCGGAGCGCGCAGUGGUUGUGCCGCUUCACCUUUCGUGACAACGAAUACCAAGAGGUGAUGGAACUUGAUCUCCGCUACAUGGAGCCUUGUUUGGUGGCCGGUGGCACCUUUGUUCCUGACUGUUCUGAAAAAUUGCAACGCAAGGUUCCACAUCACCAUCUGCACGCAGGAUGUCCCGUGGUGGCUCUUCGUGGUGUGACAGAGGAAAAGGAUCUCGGGAUGUUUGCUUUUGGCCACAUCGAUGCCAACACGCUACGUGCUUUGGUGGCGUUCAAUGAUGUGAAUCUCGCAGAUGAUGAGGCUUUGCAACAAGACCCCAACACGGCGUCGGCCAUCCGUGUCAAGCGAUCGGUGGAUUGUGUCUUGUCCGAGACCGCGGAGGGGACAGAGGCCGUGCCGCAUCGAGUCAAGCUACGCUGUGCCGGUCCUGCUUCGGCGGUCAACUGGAUGCUCCGAGCCCAGCCUGGUCAAGUCUUUCAAGUCGUGCUUGGUCAGACGGAGACUCUGGGUGAAUAUUCGGUCUUGUGGCAUGUGCCGGUCGCAGCGGAACAGGUGCCGGCUGUGACGAGCUUUUGGAAGCACAUCAGCAUCACUGAAUCUCAGGAGGAAGGUUUCAAGUUUGACAAGGAUUGGAUCACUCCGUUGAAGCGCCUUCGUGGCAUGCGAGACGGCUUACCGCAAGAGGAACGUGACAGCGCCGCUUGGCAGGGCGACGCGUUCAUGGCUUCUUGA